CUUGAACGCCGCGAGUCACGAUGGCCGCAGCUGCAGCAAAGAAGAAACUGGUCGUCUGUGGAGGCAACGGCUUCUUAGGCAGCAGAAUCUGCAAAGCCGCCGUAGCACGAGACUGGGAUGUGACGUCGAUUAGCCGCUCCGGGGAGCCAAAUUGGCCGUCAGUGUCUUCCCAUCAAACCGCACCGCCGUGGUCAAAGUCGGUUACGUGGCGGUCAGCCAACAUUCUACAACCCGAUACGUACAAGACCGAUCUGGAAGGCGCAGAUGCCGUGGUACACAGCAUGGGUAUACUGCUGGAGGCAGAUUACAAAGGUGUACUUACUGGAAAGGAGUCGCCUGUCUCCGGGCUAAGACGAGCGUUCUCCUCGACCAAACGAGGAGGCAGCGUCAACCCACUCGAGAGACAAGAUGGAGAGCCAAUUGAGCCCGGUGAGCAAGAUGGCCAACUGACCUACGAGCUCAUGAACCGAGAUUCCGCCAUUGUGCUUGCCAGGGAGGCGGACAGAGCAAAGGUCGCUUCUUUCGCUUACAUCUCCGCCGCGGCUGGUGCGCCAAUACUGCCAGGACGCUACAUCAACACUAAGCGAGAAGCUGAAUCAACCAUUACUUCAACAUUUCCAAGGAUGCGGAAUAUCUUCAUUCGACCUGGGUUUCUCUACGACAGUAGCCGGACCUUCACUAUACCGAUGGCUGCUGUGACCUAUGGCGGCUUUCUAGUGAACAGCAUUACAGGUGGCAAUCUCACAUGGGCCAUGGGCGCUGGAGGUGCGAAGCCGCUACAGGCUGAUGUCGUCGCGCAGGCGGUUGUUGAAAGUCUGGCGGACGAAAACGUCAAGGGGCCGGUUGAGGUCAAGGAAAUCGAGGAGCUUGCCAAUCGCGCAUGGCGUAGAGGUAUGCUCUAAGUCGGUUGUUGUAGACGAUUUCUGGCUGCGUUCAAGCGAAACCGUUGUAGUAUAGUGUACAAGCACCGCUCCAUGUCACGAAGCUGAAACCUCAUUGUCACAGACAGCUUAUGUCUCGUGUUCCGCAGCCAGCUGGGAAGGUGGACAUUCUGCGUAUUCCAUGAAUCUUUCGAAGAGGCACC